AUGGCAAAAAGAGUUAAAGAUGAAAUUCUUUCAAAAAUAAUAGAGGCGAAAUAUUAUUCUAUACUAUUCGAUUGUACACCGGACAUUGCACACCAAGAACAAAUGACCCAAGUUAUUCGCUAUGUUAUACAAAACAACCAGAAUGAAUGCGAAAUCAUAGAAAGUUUUUUAAAGUUUGUGCGUGUGUACAACAAAACUGGUGAAUCAUUAACAGAAGAUAUAUUAGAUUGUUUGACAAAAGAUAAUCUUAGAAUAUCUGACUGUAGAGGACAAUCGUUUGAUAACGGGUCAAAUAUGAGUGGAAAAAUUAAAGGAGUCCAAGCACGAAUUAUUGAAAUGAAUAAACUUGCAAGAUUCAUCCCAUGCUCAGCUCACUCCUUAAAUUUAAUUGGUGUUAAUUGUGCAAAAAGUAUACCUAAAGUAGAAACAUUUUUCGGCAUCGUACAGAAAUUAUUUAAUUUCUUUUCAAGUUCAACGCAAAGAUGGGAUAUUCUAAUGAAUAAUUUAAAGUUGUCAUUAAAAGGCUUUGACGUUCUACAACAAGAAAAAUUAUCAGAAGAAACAAAAUUUGAUGCAGAUAAUUUGAUGAGAUCACUUAAAAGUUUUUCUUUUAUUUGUAUGCUUACGGUUUGGGAAAAAAUUCUCAGUGCAAUUGACAGGAUUAAUAUAAUUUUACAAAAACCAAAAUUAACAAUUGAUGUAGCUGUCAAACAUCUGCAAAGUCUCCUUAAAAUAUUAGAAAACUUUCGAGAGCAAGGUAUAAAUGAGGCUUUAUUGGAUUCAAAGAAUAAAGCUGAAGUAUUAGGCAUAGAAACGGAAUUUCCAAAAGUCAGAUUACGAAAAAAGAAACUUUUACCCGGAGAUAUUGCAGAAGAUGAGUUUUGUAACAUAAGUGAAGAAAAUACAUUUUUAAUAAUGAUUAAAAAUGUUAUUGACAAUAUCUUAAUAGGACUACGUCAAAGAUUUAAAUCAAUGGAAAAUAUUGCUCAAGAUUUUUCAUUUUUAGAUCCAACAAUAAUUUAUUCUUGUCCUAUGGAAAACUUGAAAAGAGCGGGAGUCGAUUUAUGCAAUAAAUAUGAAAACGACCUCAACAAAAUUGAAUUCAUUUCAGAACUAGAGAGCUUUAAAGAGCAUGUUUAUAACAUAGAUGACGAUUUAAAAAGAGCAACAUUUUUUGAAAUGUUGAAUUUUAUUUAUAAAAAUAAACUUCAAGAUGCAUAUCCAAAUAUAUCCGUUGCUUACCAAAUAUAUCUUACAAUGCCAGUUACUUCAGCUUCGUGUGAACGAAGCUUUAGCAAAUUGAAAUUAAUAAAAACAUAUUUAAGAUCUACUACGGAGCAAGCAAGACUUAAUAACUUAUCUAUUUUAUCCAUAGAAAAUAAAAUUUCAAGACAAAUCAAUUAUGAAGACAUAAUUAAUGAUUUCGCUGCAAAAAAAGCUAGAAAAGUUAAUUUUUAA